AUGGUUUUGAUCAGCGGGGAGCGGUACCUGGCCAUGAGACAUUCUUUUGCGCACUUUGCACUCUUAACUGAAACUCGUCUACUUGUUGCCUCUGUCUUGGCGUGGCUACUUUCCAUAAUUCUUUACAUCAAUUUUGCCGCCAACAGAUCUGUAUUUAUGCCCAUUAAUAAUACAUUUUAUGGUCUAUGCCUCGCCUUUAUACUCUUCUGUCAUGUUACGGUUUACCGGGAGAUCCGCCGACACGAAAAGCAAAUUGCAGCUCAGCAAGUGACCGUGGAAGCAAGGAAACAAUUUGAAAAAGAUAAAAAGGCAUUCAAAGUGACAUUUAUCAUCAUUAUAGUGCUGAUGUUGUGUUAUGUUCCGAUACUAAUCUUUAGUGCUGUCUUAGAAAGGUUUCGAAGUAAAAUUUCUUUAGAAGUGUUGUAUAUAUGCUUCUUUUUGACCACACUGAUGGCGUUCUUGAACUCUUUUUUCAAUCCUAUUAUUUACUCAUUUAGACUAAGAGAAUUUCGCGUAGCGUUCAUUGAGUUAAUUUGUAAAACUGCGAACAUUGCCGAGGCUGAACAGAGAGAGAUGAAGAUAUUUGGAACACCAAACGCUGUGGUCAGAAUUGAGGCAGGACAAGAAACCGAAGGAGAAGCUCGACAAAACGUGGAACAAUGA